CUUCUUAUUGGUUGUGCUUAAUACCUGCCCAGCUCUCGGAUUGGCUUUGCUUGACGUAUCACCUUACAUUGUCCUCCCAUUGGUUGGCACCUCCUCCUCGCUCUCUCGUUAUUGGUAGUUUCCAAACGCCCGGUAUCCGGGUAAGAUGGCGGCCGUGGAACAGUGCUCGGUCUCAGCUCAAUGGCGUCCGGUUUCUCUUACUCACGUAGAGUAUCCUGCCGGAGAUGUAUACGGGCAGCUCUUAGCCUACCUCAGCUUAGGACCAAUCUUCAUUCUCAUUAGUUUUGGCACGCUGAUCAUAUUUAAGAGGGAGCUUCACACGAUUUCCUUUCUUGGAGGUCUGGUACUCAAUGAAGGCGUAAACUGGAUGAUAAAGAACAUAGUCCGAGAGCCGCGGCCGUGUGAAGGAACGCACGCAACAGUCACCACAGAGUAUGGGUUACCCUCCAGCCAUUCGCAAUUCAUGUGGUUUUUCUCUGUGUAUUCAUUCCUCUUCCUAUACUUAAGGAUGCACCAGACAAACAAUGCCCGUUUUCUUGAUCUGCUCUGGCGACACAUACUGUCCCUCUGCCUGCUAACGGCGGCCGGCCUAGUCUCAUAUAGUAGGGUGUACCUGCUCUAUCACAGCUGGAGCCAGGUGUUAUAUGGCGCUGUGGCCGGGGGUAUCCUGGCCAUCGGCUGGUUUGUCAUCACGCAAGAAAUCCUAACGCCGCUGUUCCCUCGCAUUGCAGCAUGGCCAAUCUCUGAAUUCUUCCUUAUCCGUGAUACCAGUCUCAUCCCGAACAUCUUAUGGUUUGAGUACACCGUCACUCGAGCAGAAGCCAGAAACAGACAGCGGAAACUUGGUACGAAGCUUCAGUGAGCCACAGACAAGACAACUGACGGGGUGGGGUGUAGCCAGUAGGAUCCACGAAAAAACGGCAGCCGAAAGGAACCGAUGCCAGUACAGCCCAUGGCGUGGGGAGGAACAUUAAAACUGACGGACCAAACGAGGGACUAACCUCCACUGGAUUCGCCAUGUGUACGGCUUGCUCACAGCUCUCCUCUGCAUGUCAGAUCUGGGGGCUAACGCUCUCACAUGCACGCUAUCCGAAGAACCUUCUCCAAUCGCUCCACUAGAGACGAGGGAAACGGGGGGUGGGC